UCCCAUGGCCUUGAUGUACAGUAUAAAUUGUCGCGCACAGAACAAGCCUCACACCUUAGAGUUUGAACUCACCUCAUCACAUGGUAAAGAUGUGGAAGUUCCUUCUGAUCAUCGCGGCUGUAGUCGCCUGGCCAGCAUCAGCUCAAGCUGACAAUGUGUACCUGACCACGGUAGGAGGCUGGGAUUUCUUCAAAGUUCCCGCGGUUGGUGCGAUGACCAAUCAGAACGUGAUGGCCACGUGUGAGGCGGCGGGGAUGAGGUACCCCUGCUUCUGGACGGGAACAGGCUCCUGCACUUCUAGUACUUACUGGGGAGGCGGCUGCAUCAGGGUUGACGAUGGCGGUGGCCAUUUCUGCCAUACUUUCAUGGCCCUCUCGCAUAGCCUGUGCGGAAACAUGCAAGCUUGGCGCUGCCAGCCCCUUGAUAACACCUUUGUGUACUACCCAAACUGGAUCGGGAAUAAUGCCCUGGGCUUGGACUACGACAGUGGCCAAUCUGCUCUGUACGGAUCUGGCUAUUACAACAUGUACGCCCUGUGUGCAGUGCGAUCCCAAGACGUCAUCACAGGCUGAAGAUGAAGCGUAAACGCAACCUGGAAAGCAUGACGCAGUUGACUACUAGUUCUGCAGUGAAUAAAAUUUACAACUCC